CACCCCCCAGGUCCUCAGGCGAUGGCGAUGGCAAUGGCACUGGAGCUGGCGAUGCUGCAGGACUGGUGUAGCCUGAUGGGUGUGAACGCCCGCCGCUCUUUGCUCAUCCUUGGCAUCCCAGAUGACUGUGAGGACCAGGAAUUCCAGGAGACUGUGCAGGCUGCCCUGCGGCACCUGGGCAGAACCUUUUCUGGGAUGGAAGAGCCAGGUCACGGGGAUGAGUCCUUUGAGAGCUGGCUGGACCAUGCCAAUGACAUGCUGUACCUGUGGCGCCACAUAUCAGAAAGGGAGAGGAGGAGGAGGCUUGUGGAAAGCUUGGGUGGCCCUGCGCUGGAUCUUGUGAGUGACCUGUUACGUGAAAAUCCCAACAUCACUGCGCAGGACUGCCUUGCUGCACUGAUUCAGGUAUUUGGGAACAAGGACAAUCCUAUGACUUCGCGGCUAAAAUUCAUGACUUGUGCCCAACGGCCCCAGGAGACUCUCUUUGCCUACGUCAUGCGCCUGGAAGGCCUGCUGCAGGCGGCCAUAGAGAAGGGGGCCAUCCAACCCCGUAUGGCAGACCAGGUGCGUGCCCGGCAGGUGCUGAUGCGAGCCCGUCCCAAUGAGAUGCUGUGGAACAUGCUGAGGAGAUUGCGGCUAGAGAGGAGAUCACCUGGUUUCCUGGGGAUGCUUCGGCUUAUUCGGGAGUCAGAGGCAUGGGAGGCCACUCCAACUACAAGCCAGCAGGCCCAAAUGGAAGAAGGGGCCUGUGUGGAUGUUGGAGACCUGGCUUCUGACCUGGUUGCUGCCCAGGCCAUCCCAGCCCAUGAAGAUGAUGGCGAGGCUGCCCCAGCCCACGAAGGAGCUGCCCAGGCCGCCCCAGCCCACGAAGAUGCUGCCCAGGCCGCCCCAGCCCACGAAGGAGCUGCCCAGGCCGCCCCAGCCCACGAAGAUGCUGCCCAGGCCGCCCCAGCCCACGAAGAUGCUGCCCAGGCUGCCCCAGCCCACGAAGGAGCUGCCGAGGCUGCCCCAACCCAUGAAGGAGCUGUCCAGGGUGCCCUUUCCAAAGAAGAUAGUGCUGAGGCUGCUCUGGCCUAUGCAGUGGCCAGUGAGGCAGGUCCUGGCAGUGCCAGUCCUGAUGAGGCUGCUCCUGAAACCAGUGAUACCACCAGGGCCAGCCCUCCCUCUGAGGAGACCACCUCUGCCACUCAGCGAGAUGAAAAUGCUCUUGCUCCAGCAGGCCUAGGUCAGGCAGGACCGUCCUCUGCCCAUGUGAGCAGUGCUUCUGGGGUGGGCUUGGGUGGUCCCAGUGGUCGUCCAGAGGGCCAGGCCCAGGCAGACCAGGAGGCAGAGGAACCCCCUGAGGAGGGGCUCAAAGCCAUCCCGGAGGAGUCAGGAAGUGAGGCCAGGGCAGGGGAGAUGAGUUCCCCUGAGCCCUCCUCAGGCAAAUAG